AUGGUUAUCACAUCUGACGAUCCGAAGAACAAUCACCGGCCCAAGAAACGCUUUCAGGUCCUUCAUUCAGUGCAGAUACCAGUCUCACGCAUCCACGAGCUGGAAAGGGAAAGCACCGCUGUGACUACCAGGUCCGGCUACGCGCAGGCAGAGAAGACAAUGGCAGGACGAGGCCGACCAUCGAAGAACAAGAAAGCCUCUACGAAAGGAAAGAUUGAAAUCUCUGUCCCGCCGAACCAGAAUGUUCCGUACCAGGUAUACUCAUGCGGAUGGAGCGGGUGUCCAGCGGAGUUGCAUAAUUUGACCAUGUUGAAGAAGCAUGUGCUCAAAGUCCAUCUCUCCGGGGGACAUGGUGCUACGGAGCAGUUAUCGUGCAAAUGGGAGGGAUGUUCGUUUUCCAAAAACUUCACUCCAUCGUCGCUUCAGCUUCAUACGCAUGUGAUGAAUGUACACAUCGAACCGUAUGCAUGGAGGUUGGGGGAUGGGCCUUAUGUUCCUGUUACUGACAGUAGUAGCCGUCCGGGUACUCAGAUGACUAUUCUACACGAGCGGAAUCAAGCCGUCGGGGAAGAUUCGCUUAUCUUUCCCGCUAGUUACAUGUCCAUUCAGGCGUUCAAUCGGGUUCAUGGGAAUCAUUCACAGCAAGAGAAGGCCAAGGAGGUUCUCAAGGCCGUACAGCGAUUAAAAGAACAGAUUGGGGUUGGCUUGGAUCCUGGAGGUUGCGAGUUGGCCACGCCAGCUCGGAACUGGAAAUUGGAUGAUGAGGAAGUUUACAGAUUCGUGAGAAGUGAAUAG